AUGACUGGUCCAUCUCUUCGUCCAAAACCUUUUAUAAUUUCUCCUUCGGCUCCUCACAAACAUACCCACACGCUUGUUCUCCUUCAUGGCACCUCGCAAACCGGUCGCGACUUCGCCGAAUCGUUUAUGCUCCCUUUCUCUUCGCCAAGUUUGAACGACAGCUCUCACACUAGCGGCUCAAAUCAAAGUCAGGCAAUGAAGUCGUUGAAGGAACACUUCCCUGGCUGCAAGUUCAUUUUCCCUACCGGAUCGCCUCGAAAGACCACGGUGUUUGGUGGCAACAUAACGAAUGCGUGGUUCGAUAUUACAGAUUUUGGAGAUAGAACCAAGGGCGAAAUGAAGAUGAGAGAGGGGAUGAGGGAAAAUACUCGUUACCUUUCCCGCAUGAUCGAGCAUGAGGUCGAAGAAUUAUAUGGUAAAAGAGUAGAUACCGAAGAGCAGACCAGCUUUGACACUGAAGAUGAUGAGACGAAUGGGAGGGUCAUGCUGGUAGGUUUCAGCCAAGGGUCCGCGAUGGGAAUGAUGCUACUUCUGGGUGGAGAGUUAGAGGCUUUGGGCAUUUUGCAUGGCUUUGGAGGUUUUGUUGGUCUGAGCGGGUGGUUGGCGUUCAGACGCCAGAUCGAUGAGUUGAUCUCAAACAGCACCCUCGCUUCUGGAACUGCAGACGAGUCACUUAAUGCGAGGGAAAAGACGAUAACCUACGUGCGAAAUUUGCUUGAGCUCGAUCCUCCAGGAAAGCAAUGGACGGUUUCUGCAAAUGGGUUGGAUAAGCCAAUUUUUCUUGGGCAAGGAGAGCUGGAUCAGAAGGUGAAGUUUGAGUGGGCUAGACAAAUGAGAGAUGUGCUCGCAAAGCUCGAUAUGAAUUUGAGCUUUAACUCAUAUGCUGGACUAGGACAUUGGUGGAAUGACGAGGAAAUGAGUGAUGUUGUGAGCUUCUUAAAGACAACUUGGGGUACUAAUUGA